GGUCCUUCCGGCUCGCCGUAGUUCAGAGUACACACUCCCAGCUCACUGUGUGGACACUUGUACAGAUUCUAACUCGACUCCUUCAUUCGUGGAGGCGCUGCUAGAUUAACUUCUCAGUCUGUCUGAUAACCAGGCAGUUAAAUGCCAGGCCCUCCAUCUGUAGACUGUUAUUACGUGGGAGUGGACGUGGGCAGUUGCAGCGUGCGGGCGGCCCUGGUGACCCGCGAUGGUUGCGUUAAAGCCACGGCGGAGGAGUCCAUUACAGUGUGGACGCCUGAGCCCGACCAUUACGAACAGUCCUCGGCAGACAUCUGGAGGAAGUGCUGCAGCACAGUGAAGAAAGUGACUGAGGGAGUUGAGAAGGAUCGUGUGCGAGGAAUUGGUUUCGACGCUACUUGUUCACUGGUGGUUUUGGAUCAGAGCUUCCAGCCUGUGGCCGUUAAUAAAGAUGGUGUUAAAGAGAGGAACGUGGUGAUGUGGAUGGAUCACAGAGCGCUGGAUCAGGCCUCUCGCAUCACAGCCACCGGGCACAGCGUCCUGACCAGCGUCGGCGGAGUGAUGUCUCCCGAAAUGCAGCCGCCCAAACUACUGUGGCUGAAAGAGAAUCUCAGGGAAAGCUGCUGGAAGGAAGCUGCGCACUUCUUAGACCUCCCAGACUUCCUGUCUUGGAAAGCUACAGGCUCUCUAGCCAGGUCUUUGUGCACUCUGGUUUGUAAGUGGACCUACUCCCCCCCAGAGGGGUGGAACAGCAAUUUCUGGACCACCAUUGGUCUUGAGGACUUGCUUGAGAACAAUCAUUCCAAAAUUGGAGAGCAGACUUGCUGUCCAGGCAGCCCUGUCGGAGGAGGCCUCACACGAGAAGCAGCUGCAGAUUUGGGUCUGAAUCCAGGAACAGCUGUGGGAGCGUCUCUUAUUGAUGCCCACGCCGGAGGGUUGGGUGUCAUUGGUGCAGAUGUGAGUGGGCACCACCUACCUUGUGAAAACCAGCCGGUCACAUCUCGCGUGGCUCUUAUCUGUGGGACGUCCUCUUGUCACAUGGCCGUGAGCCAGAAGCCUCUGUUUGUUCCAGGUGUGUGGGGGCCUUAUCUGUCUGCCAUGGUUCCAGGCCUUUGGCUCAAUGAAGGCGGACAGAGCGCUACUGGAGGACUGAUUGAUCAUGUGGUGAAGGGACAUGCUGCCUUCCCCCUAUUAAAAGAAGAGGCAGAGAAAAGCGGGCAGCAUGUUCACUCUUUCUUAAAUCGCUACCUGGACGAACUGAGCAAAGACAAAAAGCACCUGGACCUGCUGACCACUGGCCUGCAUGUGUGGCCUGAUUUCCAUGGUAACCGUUCUCCUCUAGCCGACCAGAGCCUGAAGGGCAUGGUUGUCGGGCUGUCCUUGUCUCAAACACUGGACGAUUUGGCACUUCUUUAUCUGGCUACACUGCAAGCUGUCGCUCUCGGGACCAGACACGUUCUGGAUGCGAUGCGAGAGGCAGGACAUGACAUCACCACCCUGUUCCUGUGUGGGGGGCUGAGUAAGAACCCCCUGUUUGUGCAGAUGCACGCUAACGUCACAGGGUUGCCGGUGGUUUUGCCUGCAGAGAGAGAGGCUGUGUUGGUGGGGGCUGCUGUGCUGGGCGCCUGCGCCUCCUGCGACUACAGCUCCAUUCAGGAAGCUAUGGAGAAAAUGGGAAAAGUCGGAAAAGUCAUCCAACCCAACCUGGAGCUGGAGAGCUUCUACAGGAAGAAGUACGCAGUGUUUCUCCGGCUGUAUGUCCACCAGAGAGAGUAUGCAGCCCUUAUGCGUGAUUGACAGCUGGCACAGCUGUCUCCUCUGUGGCGCUCUCAGGAAGUGACAGGGUGCAGUUUGGCCUUGGCGAGUUUCUGUAAAGCACCUCUACAGUUUCCUCUGUGGCCGCCAACUCCGAGAGGUGUUGCUUUAGAUGGACCUGGUUUCCUGCCUGAUGACGCUCAACAGAACAGCACUUGGUUUUUAUGAUGAUGUUUCCCUUUUUGAAAUGGAAAUGAAAUGAACAAUGAAAUGAAAAUGAAAAUAAUACAUGACCCACA